AAUAUAAACCAGUUGGUAAGAUAGGAGAAGGAACAUUUUCUGAUGUUCUGAAGACACUGAGUCUUAGGGAUGGAAAGUGCUAUGCAUGUGAACACAUGAAGCAACAUUUUGAAAGCGAUAAAAAAGCUGGCUCCCUUUCACUGAUAUGUGAACUUAUGGACAUGAAUAUUUAUGAGCUGAUAAAAGCCAAUUACUCAUACUACUGUCAUCAGGCAGAUCAGUACCUGCUUUGUUUCAAAACUGUGAUCAUUUCUGCCUCCGUUGAUGACAUUGCAGUGUUACAUAAAGGCAUUACACAGAAUACCCUGAAGUUAGGAGAUUUUGGAUCUUGUAGGAGUAUCUAUUCUAACCAGCCACAUACAGAAUAUUUGUCUACAUGCUGGUACCAAGGACCUGAAUGCUUACUUACAAAUGGCGACUAUCGUUACAAAAUUGCUGUGUGGAGUGCUGGCUGUGUUCUCUGUGAAAUCACAAGGAACAGUCCUCUCUUUACUGGAUGUACUGAGCUGGACCAAAUUUCAAAACCCCAUGACGUUAUAGGCACUCCCACUAACCAAACUCUCAACAAGUUCAAGCAGUCAAGAGCUGCGAGUUUUGAUUUCCCCUUUAAAAAAGGAAAAGGAAUACCUUCUCUUGUGCACAAUUCUCUCCUGUAUGCAAUGGUAAAAUAUGAUCCUGAUGUGAGAACUGCUGCCCAUCAAGCAUUACAGCACCCUUAUUUUCAAGAGCUCUGUUCUGAAAGUAACUCUUAUAAUUGGGAAGUGAUCAGCUUUUUCACCUACCCUCCUGAACCAGUAACCAAAGACCUCUGGCACUACUGCUGCUGUUCAGAAUUUUCCGUGCAACAAAAAGGUGAACCUCAAGCCAUGGGUGAUGAGAAGGCUGGCAAGGGGCACAUUGUAUUAGAAGUCACUGCUGCACACUAG